AGCCCGGGAGCUAGAGGCUUCCCCGGCCGACGGCGGGACUGCCUGCUUGGCGCGAAAGCGUGGGCACAGCGCGGACGUAGCCAAGUCCCGCGGCGGCUGCGCCCGCAUCAUGGAAGGCAGCCCCGCCCCAGCUCUAGCCCGGGUCGCUACCGACCUUCGCCGCCUCCAGCACCCAGUCCACCUGCUCCCGCUGCCGCUCCCCGGGCGCCGUCCUGUCCUCACCUCGAAGCCAACAUGAAGGAAGCCCGGGGCGACGGGAGCGCCCCUUUCUGCGCCCGUCUCAACUACUCCUACCCGGGCAUGUGGGAGCCCGAGCGCUCCGCGGAGUCGCGGGGCAACUUCACGCGUGCCCGGGACACCGGAGAAGAUUGCCGCUCGGUGUCCGUAGUCUUUCCGAUCACCAUGCUGAUCACCGGCUUCGUGGGCAAUGCUCUGGCCAUGCUGCUGGUGUCGCGGAGCUACCGGCGCCGGGAGAGCAAGCGCAAGAAGUCUUUCCUGCUGUGCAUCGGCUGGCUAGCGCUCACCGACAUGGUUGGGCAGCUGCUCACCAGCCCCGUGGUCAUCGUCGUGUACCUGUCCAAGCAGCGCUGGGAGCACCUUGACCCGUCGGGGAGGCUGUGCACUUUCUUUGGCCUGACCAUGACUGUCUUUGGGCUCUCCUCGCUCUUCGUCGCCAGCGCUAUGGCCGUCGAGCGGGCGCUGGCCAUCCGGGCCCCGCACUGGUACGCGAGCCACAUGAAGACGCGCGUCACCCGCUGUGUGCUGCUCGGAGUGUGGCUGGCGGUGCUCACCUUCGCCCUGUUGCCGGUGCUGGGCGUGGGCCAGUACACCAUCCAGUGGCCCGGGACGUGGUGCUUCAUUAGCACCGGAGGAGGUGGCAACGGGACUAGCUCCCCGCCCAAGUGGGGCAACCUUUUCUUUGCCUCUACCUUUGCCUUCCUAGGGCUCUCGGCGCUGACCAUCACCUUUGCCUGCAACCUGGCCACCAUUAAGGCCCUGGUGUCCCGCUGUCGGGCCAAGGCCACAGCGUCUCAGUCGAGCGCCCAGUGGGGCCGGAUCACGACUGAGACGGCCAUCCAGCUUAUGGGGAUCAUGUGCGUGCUGUCAGUCUGCUGGUCGCCAUUGCUGAUAAUGAUGUUGAAAAUGAUCUUCAAUCAAGCAUCAGUUGAGCACUGCAAGACACAACCAGAAAAGCAGAAAGAGUGCAACUUCUUCUUAAUAGCUGUCCGCCUGGCUUCACUGAACCAGAUCUUGGAUCCCUGGGUCUAUCUGCUGCUAAGAAAGAUUCUUCUUCGGAAGUUUUGCCAGAUCAGGAACCACACAAAGAACUGUGCAUCCAGCUCCAUUUCUUUACCCCACCAGUGCACCUCAACCUUGAUGUGGAGUGACCACUUGGAAAGAUAAUGAAAGAAUGGAAAUGGACUUUUCUUACAAUUCCUGCUGCCCUGAAUUUGUGUAUUUCUUCCCACCUGAGAAGGAGGAUUUUAUAUUUUGAUUUGGAUUAUUUUUUCAUUCUCAUAUUAUUUUACUUUAAUUAUUUUUGUCAGUAAUACUCACUGAGAAUACAUUUAUCAUUAUAACCUAUGCUUGCAAGUGUUAAAUUGACUCUUUUUAAUUAAUUUUUUAUUGCUGUUCAAUUACAGUUACCCCCAUUGCUCUCUCCUGCCCACCCCACCCUCCCACCUGUAGUCCUCCUCCCCACCUCCCCACCAUUGUCUUUGUCCAUGGGUCCUUUAUACAUGUUCCUUGACUUGACCCUUUAAGUUGACUUCUGGAGCUAGAUUUUGAGUAUGUAUUUAAGAACCUGGGCAGAAUUUCACAGAUGGUGAUUAAUCAAAAAGCAAAAAGAAGAAAACCCCAUCUUCUGGGAGUUUGUCCCCAACUUCAAACUUUGAUCUGAAUUUAAACUGAUGUGGACAUCUUUACAUUUUGUCAUUGUUUUGAUUUUAUAGUAUGAGUUUAAAAAAUCAGUAUAAGUUUUGACAAUGUAAAGUCAACAUACUGAAAGUAGAAUUGAAUUAAUAGGACAUAAAUUUAAUGAGAUAGAAAAGUAUGCUAAUUGAAGGCAGGACUAUACCAUGACAAAAGUUAUUCAUGCACAAUGUGUGAUUAUUGUGGAGAUGUUGUAUCCUUUUGGGCUGAACUUGGAGCUCAAAGUCCCUACAUCUAUAUUCUAGUUAUAUGUCAUUUAGUAACUCAAGAACCAAUUUAAUCCUUAUUUCUGUCUUUGAAGAUUAGAAGCAAUGAUGUAGCUAAGGGUUCUCUUGAAGUGUCAUAAAAAACAAUAAUAAGGUUAAAUGAUUAACUAUUGAGUUAAAGCAAUAAAACACCCAAGCUCAAACUUCUGAUUCACCACUAUCAAUUUAGUAUUUCCUAAAAUUUAUUCUCUGGUGACAUAAAAAAGGCAAAAUUAUUAAGUGACAUAGUUAUGAAAUAUCAAAUUUUGUGACUUUUUAUGAAAGGAAGGAAUCUAUUUCAUGUGUAUUGAAAUAAAUUCUGUAAAAUUAAAAAAAUACUUUAUAUUAUAUAAUGUUUAUCUUUCAGCUAAUAUGAUCUUACCCACCUAUAAAUUCAACCAACCUUUCUUCUCUCAUUUCUCUUUCUCCCUUUCUUCUUCCUUUCUUUCCAUCUCUUCUUUCAUUUAACUGAACACAUUGUAUUUAAUAAGUGUCCCUUCUUUAGGAACUGUGCUAAGGGCCAUGCUGCCACCUACAAAGACAUCUUGGGAAGAGAUGAUAAUAUAGCAUCAGCAGCCAAUACUGUGACUCCAUUGUUAUUUUGGCCAACUAAAUUAAUCCAAAAUAGUUGAGUCAUUCCUCUUAAAUAGUUGAACCAGUUCUGAAUUAGUUAUAGACUACAAUUCUUUUCAUUCAAACCUGUAUUUGAAAGGGCCUUAUGUAACUAGCACAAAGCAGAUGCUGUAUACAAUCUAUUGAUUCAGGUUUAAAUUCAAUACCUUUUAUUGAGCAAGUUGAAUUUUCCAAUCAUAGGAAUGUCCAUGCUUCUGUUACAUCAGUCUGUCCAUCAUCCAUCUCUGUGGCUGUCUAGCUGUCAUCUAGUUAUUAUUUUAUUUUUACAAAAGAAACUAAAGUUUACAGAGGGCUUGUCCAAUGUCACAUGGCUAAUAUAAGAAACCAAACCCAAGUUCAAGCAUUUUGAUUCCAGGCUCUCCCAAUAGCACAGUAGGAUUUGAGAUUUGCUACAAUGAUAUUCCAUUUAUAAGACAAUGUAGCAUAGCAAUAAAGGCAUGGGUUUGGGAAUCAAGCUUGGAUUUAAAUCUGGCUGUUUUACUCACUAUCUCUGUGACCUUGAGAAAGUUAAUUAAUCUCAUGGAGUCUCAGUGUAUUAAUCUAUAGACCAAAGCUAAUAAUAUUUACCUGUGAGGUUAUUGUGAUAGUGUAUGUAAAAUAACACAAAAUGUACUUAGUAAGUAUUAACUGUGAUUAAUUCUUUAUCCAGACUUAUCUCCAACUACAUGAUAUAAGUUCUCAAUUUCAACUCUAAACUGGCUUCCUUGCUGUGUGGGUUUAAAUGUCAUGGACAGAAUCAACUUCAGAUCCAUGACUGUUAUUCUUGUUUACAAUACCUCAUGAUUAUGUUUGCCUAUGCAAAACCUACUCAUCUCUCACAUGUUCAAAUCUCACCUUGUCCUUAAGCCUUGAACAAUUUAAGUAUCUUUGGUCUCUUCUUACCUUUAUCCAAAACUCAGAAGUCGUAUAGUGCUCAUUUUGAAGAGUAUUGUAUUAUUUCUUAAAUAUUUUUAUUAUGUAUUUUUUCCCUUGACAAAAUUUUAUUUUAUGGUGGUCUGGACCCUUUUCUUAUAUUUUAUUCACAGAUCCCAUAGCACACCAAGAAAUAUGCAAUUUAUUUGGUAAAUUCUCAACAAAGGAACAAUUUGUGUACAAGAUCAGCCAUUGAAAAUUUCAGCAAAUGUGAUAGAAAGCUUUUUGUUUCCAUGUUUUUGUUCAUCUUAGGAAUUUUCAUAUUAAACUUUUCUGAUUUAAAAAUGUUAUAUCCAGGCAGAAUAAUUACAGACAGUUUACUACAAUAAUGUUUAUUGAGGAUCUACAUGUGAAAAUAGUAAAGUAACAAAAUGACUGGAAACAAAAUUUUUCUCAAUUAGGAAUGAUCUUUGUACAAUAAGUUUGACAUCUGGUAUGGAGGCAGUAUAUGUCAGUAUAAAAUGCUUUCAAUACUCUUUAAUUUACAGAAAAGUAUCCAUUGUAUAUUAAAUUCACCCAAAAUAAUAAGCUCUGUAACAUCGAAUAUUCUGGAUCAUGAUUCAGUGACACACUGAUUUUUAACAAGUGCUUUUAUCUUUGUUUUUUUUGUUGUUGUCCUAAAUAAACACGUAUCUCUAUAUUGUA